GUAUGUCAACAGACCAAAUCUUGACGCUAUUCCAACAAUCGGGCCUUCUGGUACCUUCUCCUCUUAUUUGGGAGUUUGGAGAUAUAUGUUCCAUGCCUCUGACAUGGUGCAAGAAGGGUAUAUCAAAUACAAAGGCAAGGCAUUCAAGAUUCCUAACGUGUAUAAAUGGCGUGUUAUUGUGAGCGGCCCUGAGCUUAUCGAAGAACUUCAUAAAGCACCGGACAAUGAGCUCUCGUUCCUCGAGGCUGCCAACGAUAGCCUAAAAGUCGAAUUUACGCUAGGCCCAGAAAUACAUCACAAUCCCUAUCACAUCCCAAUUAUUCGGUCACAACUCACCCGCAACCUUGGUGAUAUCUUUUCGGAUAUUCACGAUGAAAUGGUUACAUCAUUUGAUGAUAUCAUCCAGGUGAAGGACGAUGAAUGGGUAAGUGUUCCUGUAUCAGAUUCCAUCAUGCAAGUUGUAUGUCGAUCAAGUAAUCGUCUGUUUGUCGGACUUCCCCUGUGUCGUGAUCCUGACUGGAUAGCCCUGAACAUUCAAUUCGCUAUGGAUGUUUUCAAAGGGGCCAUCACAAUCGACAUGUUCCCUCAAUUCAUGGCGUCGGUAGUAGCUCAGUUCUUGACCAAUUUGCCGAGAAGUAUCAGGCGCGGAAUCAGGCACCUGCAGCCUGUAAUAGAGGAGCGUAAGACGUACCUGAAGGAAUAUGGCGAUCAUUGGGCCGAAAAACCGAAUGACAUGCUAGCUUGGCUUAUGGAUGAAGCUGAGGCAGAAGAGAGUACAAUACGAAAUCUCACUAUGCGCAUCUUAGCAGUUAAUUCUGCUGCAAUUCACACCUCUUCAAAGGCCUUCACGCAUGCAUUACUUUACUUGGCGGCAAGCCCUCAAUUUGUUCAGCCGUUGCGCGAAGAAGUGGAAGCUGUCCUAAACAAGGAUGGCUGGUCCAAAUCUGCUUUGACGAAGAUGCACAAGGUAGAUAGCUUCUUGAAAGAAAUCCAGAGGCUUGAAGGCUUUUCUUACAUGGUUAUGGGGCGCAAGGCUUUGAGAGAUUACACAUUCUCCGAUGGAACUUUCAUACCAGCUGGAACAAAAGGGGGUGAAGAGCUUCGGCAUCGAAUGGUCUCUACCAAUCUGGGAUACCUCCCUUUCGGACAUGGUAGACAUGCGUGCCCGGGACGUUUCUUUGCUGAAAAUGAAUUGAAAACAAUGUUGGCUCAUAUUGUGGUGACAUAUGACGUCAAGCUGGAGAAAGAAGGUGUAAGGCCUGCCAACUCAACAUUUUUUGGAACCAAUAUGCCGAACCCUAAGGCACAGGUUAUGUUCAGGACGGCGUAUAGAACGUAGUAAGAAGAUACUGACACACGACGAAAAAAACAUACUUCGACUGGACGACUCAGUAUUAAUUCGUAAUUGUCCUCCUAUAUCCGCCAGAAAACGAUUCAAGUUAGAAAAGAUUUUGAAGAGUCCUGAGACUAAACGGGAGCUUGCGCAUAAGGCAGCUGAGCUUCAGCCUUGAUCUUGGACUACCUCAAACUGUUUACUGGCAUACCUUAAUAGCACACUCAUGCGUAUUAAUCAACAGCUUCUCCCUUCCAGUCAUUUUCAAGGCAGUCACUUUAUCAGAUUCGCUGUACUCGCGGUCCCGUACGAGGGUGCUUCGUGUUCAUUACCCAAAAUGCAAUAAAGAUCGUGAAUACU